GAUAAAAGCAGCAGCCUGAGACAGGAGACGCAUUUAACUGAUCAGACAGAACCAAGCAUCACUGACUCAGGAACUGGAUCGGACUAUUGGCAACCAUGAAGAUUUCCCAGGAAUCAGUGGAUGCAAGAAGCGACCGAAAGUUAACAAAGUCUCAGGUGGAGAAGCGUCGAAGGGAGCGGCUGAACCGGAGUGUGGAGCGUCUCCGGGCCAUGCUGCUGCAGGAGCCACAAAUGGGUGGAACUCACCACAGGGUGGAGAAAGCCGAGGUUCUGGAGCGGACGGUGCUCUUCCUCCAGGGCGCCGCUGGAGGAGCUGCCGGUGGCGGUGGAGGCCAAAAACGCUGCUUCCAGGACGGCUUCUCCUCCUGCCUGCAGAGGGCCGCUGGCUUCCUGGGCCCGGAGGGCAAGGGCCUGUGGCUCGGAGCAGCACUGGACCUGUCCUUUGCUGCUCGCUUUGCCACUUCGGACUCUGAAGGUGCCGGUUCCUGGGGGAGAACCGAGGGCCGCGGCACCUCCAGCUCUCCGUGGAACACGAAGCUCAUUCUUCAGACGCUGAGGCAAAAGUCCAAGCAUGGACAGCGUCCUCAAGCGCCUGCUUCUGUUCGUUCCUUCCAAGUUCCAGACCAGCAGGGCUCUGCCCCAGGUCAAGCCGUCAAACAGAACCCGUCCCAGAGUCACCCAGCCAGCCACCCCCUGUGGAGACCCUGGCCCUGACGGCCACCAAGUGAUGUUUUACUGACUCUAAGACCUAAUUGAUAUUGACUCUUUACAGAAUAUUUGCAUAUUAGUCUGUGUUCUGAUGUCUGAUAACUCCUGAUGUUGGUCCUCAACCAAGUCAAAGCCUGUAAAUAAUGUAAAAAUCUAUGUUCUACAUGUGCUGUAUGUGUGCCGGGGUUGACUCGCGUCUCCCAGUUAAUUUGCUCCCACGAGGCGAGUCUGCGGCAGCGUUCCAUUUUGCAGUCACAGGACUGGGACUGGUUUGUUUGAGCGUUGACGUCCAACCGGCACCGCUGCUCAGCUGAAGAGCAGGUUCACAGGUGUGGGACCUCAGGGUUGGAGGCUGAGAGGGCCCCGUUCAGCCCCUCACUACACCUCUGCACCACGAUGCCUUCUUUCAAUUACAUCUGACUUUUAAUGAAACACGUAUUAUAUCCCCUAAUAAUAUCUAUUGUCUAUUUUGCACAUUAAUUUAUUCUGAAUGUCUCCCUAUGGUGAGC